AAGGGCGCCCGCCCCGCCGGUUGCCAUGGGGACAGGACGCGGCCUCCUCGCAGCUGCUCGGCGCUUGGCUGAAAUGGGCGAAAGGACGUACAACCCCUCCGUGCUGCUCCACAACUGGUUCGAGGACAUCGCCUUGGAUCAGGAUGUUAUUAAAGACUUUAUUAACAGGAGAGAACGUGGUGAGCUUUUGAUGCAGAAGCUUGGAUCCUUUAAAGAUGAUCUGCUGAGUAAGACUGAGCUUGCCAAAAGUUCUGACGGAUAUAUUCAUUUUGGUGACCCAGUGUUACUUAUUAAUCCUGGCACUGAACAAAGUCAUUCCAGCACCCUCCAUUUUCCUCGAGCCCCCAUGGCAUUGACUAUGAAUGUUGAUCAAAGCAGAUUUAUGACAAGUAAACAAGUUGAUUCACCAUGUGAAGUGUGUGGUAGCAGGGUCAUAAUACCCUGUAUCAGAAAUACUUUUGUUAUUACAAGCGUUGAUGGUAGUUGCAAUGGUGAUCCUCUUCGAUAUGGACAGAGCUUUGCCCUCAAAACAAUGGACGGGAUCGCUGGACAGCUAUAUCUGACAAGUGAUAUGAAAUUAUUUCUGAAAUUUGCCAAAAAGUCACGGAUGCAACUCGUGAACCUGGUAGAUCAGUUCUCCUUCCUGAGUUGUUGGCAGGUCCUGUACUUGGACCCACAGAUGCGCCUUGAGUACGAUGGGUACCCAGUGCAAGCAAAUGUAAAAGUUCUUGUCAACCAUGUUCGUACAAAUCAGGCUUUAGCAGUUCUUCAGAAGCACUCCUUCUGGACGAUGUUUGGAAGAGAGCAUGAAAUUACUACUCACACCUUCCUCGAUACCCAUCGGGCUGAAGAGGACGUGAACCAUUGGAUAAUGGUCACAGGGGAUCCCAGUGUCCCUCAUGGAAUUAUGUUUCAUAUGCCUCCACCUGUUUGUGAAGACCCAGAACCAAAGAAAAAGCACAGCCAGGAGUCAUCUGACUGCUUCACACAAAAAUGAAGCUCACUUCAUACCUUCUGAUCCACCAUGAUUUAUUUGAAUAGAAACACAUCAGUUCUCCUUCCCCAACCUGAAUUUAUCUUUAAUCAACUGGAUGAUUCCUUACAUGAGCUUCAUUUUCAUAGAGUAUUGAAUAUAAUCAAUCAGAAAGUGUUCUGGGAAGCUUCAAGCUUCUACAAUUUGUGCAAAAUGUCAUAAUGUUCCCUGUAAUCAAAAUCCAACAAGGAAUGAGAAGCAAAGGUAAAAUGAUGACAAAUAUGUUCUUUAGCGAAACCAACUGAAUGCA